AUGUCGUUCACUUCACAACAACAACAACUCAACGGGCCACCCCUCCCUUCUUCUUCACACCAAGUACAACCACAACAACUACUACGACCACAACAACCACCACAACCACAACAUUCACUCCUUCCCUCUCCUCAUCAAAAAGAAAUCUACACCUAUCAUGCCGAUUGGAUGAUUUACUCCACAAGUUGGUCUGUCCGAAGAGAUUAUCCCUUUCGUCUUGCCAUUGGAUCCUUCAUGGAAGAAUAUAGAAACAAGGUAGAUAUUAUUCAAUUAAAUACAGAUCAAUUAGUAUUGGAAAGAGUAGCACAAUUUGAACAUCCCUAUCCAGCAACAAGAAUACAAUUUCAUCCAUCUGCCAACACUUCCAAUUUAGAUUUAAUUGCUACGAGUGGAGAUUAUUUAAGAUUAUGGCAAUUGAGAGAUGCAUCAACAACGACCACCAUGACGACGACGACGACGAAUGGGAAUUUGACGACAGGUACGAAUACAAGCAGCAGCACCAUGACAGGCAAUAUAGGUAGUAGCAGUCAUAUACACACUUCUGAACCCUCCUCCACUUCCUCCACUUCCACCAAAUUCUCAGUCUCUAAAUAUUUUACUUUUAAUAAUGAUAAUUCAAGUGAAUAUUGUGCUCCAUUAACAAGUUUUGAUUGGUGUGAAUAUAAUCCAAAUAUCAUUGGAACUUGUAGUAUUGAUACGACAUGUACCAUUUGGGAUAUUCCAAGUGGUAAAUCAUUGACACAACUCAUUGCACAUGACAAAGAAGUUUAUGACAUUGCAUUUAGAAAUCAAGAUGUAUUUUGUACUGUUGGAGCAGAUGGAUCUCUUCGAAUGUUUGAUUUAAGAUCAUUGGAACAUUGUAGUAUUCUUUAUGAAACACCUCAAUUUACUCCUUUAUUGAGAUUGGCAUGGAACAAACAAGAUUUAAAUUAUGUCGCAUGUAUUGGAAUGGAUAGUAAUCGAAUUGUAGUAUUGGAUGUUAGAUAUCCAGGAAUGCCACUCAUGGAAUUGUGUGGUCAUAAAAUGCCAGUGAAUGGAAUUGCAUGGGCACCUCACAGUGCUCAUCAUUUGUGUAGUGUUGGAGAUGAUGGACAAGCAUUGAUAUGGGAUAUUCAUGGUGGUAUGAGUGGUACGAGUAGUGUUAACCAUGUUGGAAAUGGUAGCUCUACCAUUGAACCUAUUUUAGAGUAUAAGGCUGAUUGUGAAGUGAAUCAAUUAGGAUGGAGUUCGUUACAAAUGGAUUGGAUAUCUAUUGUGUUUGGACAGAAAUUACAAAUAUUAAAAGUUUAG